AUGAUGCAGAGACCUUCCUCAUACCUUCUUAACACGAACUUUACUAUUUUCUCCUUUCUUCUCUACCAAACCCUACGAAAGAAGGUUUUCUCUCAACAUUUCUUCCCUUUCUUCCUUUCUCAAUCUCAUCACUUUCUCCCCUCUCUUCUUGGUUCAACAUUUCUUGGUUCAACACCUGGCUCUGAGCUUUCUGUUGAGGAGCGAAAUCUUAUCUCUGUCGCUUACAAGAACGUGAUUGGCUCACUUCGAGCUGCUUGGCGGAUUGUUUCUUCCAUCGAGAAAAAUGAGGAGAGUCGUAAGAAUGAAGAGCAUGUUGUUCUUGUUAAGGAUUAUAGAUCAAAGGUUGAGUCUGAGCUUUCCGAUGUCUGCGCGAGUAUUUUGCAGCUUUUGGACUCGAAUCUUAUUCCAUCUGCCUCUGCUAGUGAGUCUAAGGUCUUCUACUUGAAGAUGAAAGGGGAUUACAAUAGGUAUUUGGCGGAGUUUAAGGACAUCACAAAAGCAAGAAAGAUACCGAAGCGUGCUUUGCCUAUUAUUUGCUUCAGAGAAGUCAGCCGCCCAUUGUCGGAUGCUUCAAACACUUCCAUUAUAGAUUCAGGGGGGAAGAGUUAUGGGUGUUCUGAAAAUGCGGGUGCUGCAGGAACGUAUUACGAUGCUGUGCCUCGAAGCCUUAUUGUUAGCAAUGACAACUUAUCUACUCAGACGGAUACACUUCUUCUAACAUUUCCCAAGCAGCCUCUUUGGACAAAUGUGUACAUUCAAAACCAUGCUAAGGCUUUGGUUCCUUUGUUUUGGAGCCGUGUACAGGUUCAAGGACAAAUUCAUUUAUCAGUUGGUGCAGUCCUGUCCUUUGGGCUUGCUCAUUACGCAUCAUCAGAAUUUGAGUUAAUUGCAGAAGAGCUUCUUAUGAGCAAUUCUGUUAUUAAGGCAAGUAGCAGCUCCUUUUGUUUCCCAUCUAUCGAGAGCUAUAUUUUAGCCAAAAAUUAUUCUUUGGACUUUCUCAAGAGUGUGUUUCAUAUGUAAUUAACAUUUUCAACACAGUACUGAUUCAUGAAGUUUUUGUUUCCCUUUUAACUCGUGGUGGCAUGACUAGCCAUGGCACUAUAUCUUGGACACAUGACAAAAAUCAAGCCAAUCUUUCCUGUUUGUUAUGGGGUAUUUGGCAGAAGAGAAAUAGUAGAAUCUUUUGUGGGAUUGAGAGGCAACCUUUCUCUUGGGCGCCUCGCCAACUUUACUGUUUCUUUCUUUCUGUUAUUUUCUAAACUAACAGUUUUACUGUUUCUCUCUAGGCAUUAUAAUAAGUUCUUUUUAUAUUAUUUCUUAGGUCAUAAUUCUUUUUAAACUAGAGACCCUUC